CUACCACCAUCACCCCCGCAUAACAUAAAAUGGGCGUUGCACCAAUCAUAUGUAGUAAUAAAGAAUAAAACACAGUCAGCAGUGGACGGAUUCUAAUUUGUCUUCAUUUUUUUGUUUCAGAUUAUUUUCUAUUGAACACGUGGUCAGCCCAAUGGGCGUUAUUGCUUAAUACAUCAGUUUUGGGCAAAGUUAUUAUUAUUAUUAUAUAAAAUCAUAGAGCAUUGGGAGAAUAUUUGCUUUACUCUUGUGUUGACAUAAAGCAUAUUGCUAUAGAUACACUUUGAACAUUUGGAUAAAUACGCUUUUUGAGUGCACGUACACACACGCAUACUGACUCACAUACACAAACAGAAACACACCGAAAUGAUAUUCAUAUGUCAUGUGUUUGCAUGAUUCAACUCAAAUGAUGAUAUCGACUUCAAUGACAACAAAUACAACUGGUACUUCUUCAUCAUCUACGACAACGCCGACAACUUCGACGACGGCGCCUAUGCCUAUUCCUACUUCUAAUACUAAUACUGAUAUGCUUCCGCCGAAAACUCCACAAUGUUCUAUCCCAUCAUCAUCAUCAUCCACAACAAAUUCAUUACACCAUUCAAAUCUAUAUCACCAUCAUCAACAUCAUCAUACAGAAAAUUCCCUUCCAGGUGGUGGCGAUGAUGAUGAUACUGCGAUCAGUUUAGAUGGGACUUGUUUUGGCGCUAAUCUUAACGAGGAUUCUAUGAUGAUAUUAUCACAAUCAAUUGAUUCUAUACAUACAGUUGGAACUAAUAAUGGGGAAGCGAAUGAGCAUCAAGUGCGUACACUGUUUGUCAGUGGAUUACCAUUGGAUGCGAAAUCAAGAGAACUCUAUUUACUAUUUCGAAGUUUCAAGAUAUCAACGUUUAAAUUCAGGAUUUUUUAUAUUUAUUAUGGGCUAUCUCUCGUCAACUUUGAAACCAGCUGGAAAGAAUGGAAAACUUACAGCACCAGUCGGCUUUGUAACUUUUGAAUCAAGGGAACAGGCUGAAGAAGCUAUGACAAAACUUCAGGGUGUAAAGUUCGAUCCAGAUGGCAAUCAGCAUAUGCGACUAGAAUUUGCUCGUAGUAACACAAAAGUUACAAAGCCAAAAACAACUAUGCCAGUUAAUUUUCACAAUAUGAACGCGAUCAAUUCACAUCAUAAUGCAAUGAGUCAACACAAUUCAUUAGUGGCUAGUUUAGGUUCAUGUCAAGGGAAUCUUAUCUCACCUGGUAAUCUUACUGGUAUGGUGGCCAAUCUACAACCAUCAAUAUUUGCUCAAUUAGCAGCUGCUGGAUCAGCUAUUGAAUCACCCAACGGGAUUUUCACCUCAGCGACAGAUGCAUCUACAGCAGCGGCAGUAGCAGCAGCUGCCGCCGCAGCUGCCCAGUGGGCUCCAAUUUCUGCCUUACCUCCUUCACUUGCAUCCGCCUAUGAGAAUACCGCUUAUCUAUCAUCGGCAACUGGUUUACUGCAAGCGAAUAACUUUCGUACAUUGAUUUCGGGUAAUAUAAAUCCUGGUGCCUAUAAUCUGCAGACAGGCAGUCCAGGGCAACCAAUACCUAGUCUACAAAUGGUACAAGCUGCAAUUGCUCAUGCAAAUGCUGCCGCUGCCUUAUGCUCUGCGAAUGCUGCAUCUUCUUCUAUUUGUUCACCGUCUACACUGACAAUAUCACCACAGUAUAGUACACCCCAAGGAUCAUUUUGUUGUAAUACAGGAGGAGGUGUAUCGAAUUCAUCAAGUCCAAACAGUACUAUCACUGUUCCUACAGGAUCAUCUCCAGUCAAUAGUUUAUCGGGAAAUGCUAAUAAUACUACUAACAAUAAUAAUAAUAAUAAUCAAUUAAGGCAUAAUACUUAUUUUUCUAGUCAUCAAUCAUCUCAACCAAAUGUUACAUCACUUGUUGCCCAACUGCAACAACAACAACAACAUCAACAAAAUCAGACUUUAGCUGCUGUCCAUUUGAAUCAACAACAGGCUAACGUGAAUACUGCCAAUUCAACAUUUGGCUUUGCUAAUGUUGUCUCAGCGACAGCUGGUGCUCCUGGUCUACCGCCUCAAAUGGCAGCGGCAACAGCAGCUGCAAUCGGUCUUCUAGGUGGAUAUAAUUCAAUUAUUAAAGAACUCACAGGAAGUGAAGGUGGAGGUCAAAUUCAACCUGGUCUAUCACCAUAUCAACAAAAUGUAAACUUUUAAAAUCAGUACCUGCUUUAUCUUCAGCAGGAUAUUACUGGCAGCUGGAGAGCGAGAGAGAGAGAGUUCACAGUCAAUAUAUCAGAACCAGAAGUCAUCAAGUUAUAUAUAUAUAUAUAUACAUAUAUAUAUUACAUAUAUAUAUAUUACAUAUAUAACUAUUUUCCAUUGAACGCAUUGAACAUCAUUUAUAUGUAUAUUUUGUCUUGCUUCUAUGACAAUUGUUAUUCAGUCCUUUAUUUAGAUUUAGUGUUAGAAACGAACAUAUACAGAGACACACACACACACCUACAGACAUACAAUCAUAUCAAUAUUGAAUAGAAGGCUGUGCAAAAACUUCCUGUUGUGGUAACUUAACCUUCAACAUAUCCAGAGAGGAAGAAGAAGACAAUGAUGGCGAGGAGGUGAAGGAGGGGCAGGCAGAGAAAGUGAUCCCCACCGUCUUUUUAUCAUUUUUUUUUCAACAAAACACAACAUAUUUUUUGGCUUGCCUUUAUAUUUGUUCAUUUUGUGCAUGGGUUGUUUUUUUUAAACUUUCAAUAUAUACUACUUAAAUUAUUCUGAAUUAUUAUAGUAGUAGUGGUAAUGAGAUAUAUGCAAAAUUUCGAAGAUUGAAGUCAUUUCCCAUCACGAAGUGGAACAGAAAAACUCUUUGUCUUAUAUUUUCUGCCUACACAUCAAAUGAAUUGUAUAUUUUGACAAGUAGUAUCUUUACACCCUCCCUCUCUAUUUAUAAGUAGUAUAAGUGUAGUAACCAGACAUAUAUAUAUAUAUAUAUAUAUAUAUAUAUAUAUAUAUAUGCUAGAAACAUAUUAGUGGUGUAACAUAUCCGGGUCAAAAUCCGUAUACAUAUCAACUCACCCGCCUACUUAUCUACCUUUCUGUUGAAGAAAACAUUUUAUUUUAUAUCUAGAAGUUACUGAUACUACUUAAAUGUCUACUGAUAUUCAUAAUUCUCAAUUUUAUUUUUGCCUUCAUUUGAUGCAAUAAACUGUUUGUUUGUUUGCCUUCUUAAGUGUGGUGGGGAAGAUGGAUCGAUACUUUGGGCCUUCUUGUGCCUCUCUCUAUAUACUGAUGAUUUAUACUGAUGCUGCGUAUGUGAGUGAAACGCAUUCCUAACUCAUUCUUCAUUGAUGCUAUUCUGGUCCAAGGUUAAGAUGAGCAUUUUUUUUGACGUUUGUUUAUUUAUUUAUCUUUAUUCCAUUUGAGUACUUAAGGGAGAGGAGAGAGGGUAGGGUAUUCUGUUAUCAUUUAUUUUGUUAGUUGAUAUUUUUCUGCCUUUACCAACUUCUGAUAUAUAAUUUUUUGGGUUCUUUUUUUCUGUUGGUUUGCUCAUAUUUAAGUUUCUUUUUUCUUUCUUUCUUCUCUUGUGUUGUUACAUAAUGAAGAGAAUCAGUGUCAACAGUGUCUUGUUUUUUUCCCAGCAUUUUAAUGUGAAAUAAUAGUAAUAAAAAUGUUGCGUAUAUUAA